AAAAUAUAUUUACGAAUUUACAACAGUACCUAACAGACUAUCAGUUCUUGUGUUCACGUGGUAGUGAAAACAUCUUUGCAUUUCGAGUUAUAAAUUAUAAUUUAAAACUAAAGACUUAAUAAUAAAUUAGUAAAUAUAAUGCCUAAAGUAGCUCGAUCUAUUUCAACUAAAAUUUCAAAUGUUAUCCGUGAUUUUCCUAACGAAACUUUUUCGAGUGAUAAUAAUGUACUUUACUGCAAUGCGUGUGAUUAAGUGUUUCAACUACUCAAAAAUUUCAGAUAACUCAACAUAUCUCAACAUCAAAACAUAAAUCUAACAAAGAACAAUUAGUAAAAAAACAAGUACAAUCAAAGCAGCAAUUUCUUACAUCAUCAUCAAAAUCAACUGUUAUACCUUAACCAAAAUGAAACCAGUCCAAAUGACAACAAUGAAAAUGGGAAUUGUAAACUUAUUUACAAGUUCAUAUACUCGUUUUUAUAGUAAAGGUCAGAAAAAUAGUUACGACGUACUAGUUGUGGGAGGAGGUAUUGUUGGAUUUGCAACUGCACGAGCAUUAUUAUCACGAAAUAAGCAUUUACAUGUAGGUCUUGUAGAAAAAGAAAAUAGACCAUCAGUUCAUCAAAGCGGACACAACAGCGGAGUUAUACAUGCAGGUAUAUAUUACAAACCAGGUUCGAUGAGAGCAAAAAUGUGCAUUGCAGGUCUUUAUAAAACUUAUGAAUACUGCGUCAAAAAUAAUAUACCUCAUAAAAAAUGUGGAAAACUCAUUGUUGCCACUGAAGAGUCCCAAAUAAAAAGUUUAAAUGACUUGUAUGAGCGAGGAUUAGAAAAUGGCACCCCUGACAUAAAAUUGAUAAAUGGAAAUGAUAUCAAGACCAUUGAACCAUAUUGUAAUGGUGUACGAGCAAUUCAUUCACCACAUACAGGAAUUGUGGAUUGGGCAGUAGUGACACAACAUUAUGCAAUAGACUUUGCAAAUUUGGGAGGUCAAAUAAUUUACAAUUUUAAAGUGAAAUCGUUUGAAGAAUGUAAACAUAACAGAGCACUCAAAAUAAUUUCUAAAAAAAAUAACGAAGUAUUAGCAGAUUAUGUAAUUACAUGUGGUGGACUACAAUCUGAUAAAUUAUCAUUGAUGACUGGAUGUAAAGCUGAUCCAUACAUUUUACCAGUACGAGGUGAAUAUCUUUUACUUGGCAAAGAAAAAGCGCAUCUCGUUAAGGGCAAUAUAUAUCCAGUGCCGGAUCCCAGUUUACCAUUUCUUGGAGUACAUUUUACCCCAAGAAUGGAUGGCUCUGUGUUUUUGGGUCCAAAUGCAGUUCUGGCUCUAAAACAAGAAGGAUACAGCUGGAAUGAUGUUAGUAUUUCUAACACAAUAAGACUUUUAAAACUAGAUGGUGUACAAAAACUUAUGGCAAAACAUAUGAAAUUUGGCAUAAAUGAAACUAUCAAGUCUUUAUUUCCUGCCAAGCAGCUAAAAGAAAUACAAAAUUACAUUCCAGACAUCAAACAAAAUGAUAUUAAAAAAGGUCCUACAGGUGUUCGUGCUCAACCACUGUGGGCAGAUGGAACAAUGGCAGAGGAUUUGGUGCUAGAUAUUGCAUCAAAUGAUCCUUCAGAAUUAGUGAAGCAUAGAAUAAUGCAUUGCCGAAGUGCUCCAUCGCCUUCGGCGACAUCUUCAUUACCAAUUGGUGAAGUCAUUGUAGACAAAAUGUUUGCAAAAUACCCGAAUUUAAACCCUUUACCAAAUUAAGUUACCAAUAUUUAUAGUGUAUUUGAACCUAAGUCAUUUAAGUGGUACUAUGAUAGUAUGAUAUACUUUAGUUUAUGUGGUGCAAGUGAGGUCUCAUUUAGUAAAUUUGUUUAAUAAUAACAUAGAUUUAAGUCUCUUAAAAAAACCUUAACCAAAGGGGCCAAUUUGUAAUCAAAGCAGCACACUAAACUAAUUUGAAUCAAAAAUCAAAAUUAUAUUACUACCAUAAUAAAUGUGAUAAUAACAACAUGCUAUAUACUUAAUCCAUAGUAUUAAUUAUUAUUUAUUAAGUUAAAUGAAAAAUAAUAACCUACAAAUUAACACAAAUUUGUAUGUAUUUUGUUAAUUCAGGACAAUAAACAUAAAAUUUGAAAUAUUAAAAUAUAAUAA